GACAAACGGUCGUCUCCUCACUCUCCUGCAGUCAUGUUCCUGUACCUCCUGGGCCUGGUGGUUCUCUUCUACCUGUACCGCUGGGUCAGGGAGAUGCCCAGGGUCGCCGACAAAGGCAGCAAGUACGUGUACGUCACCGGCUGCGACUCCGGCUUCGGAAACCUCCUGGCUCGCCAUCUGGACAAGCAGGGCUUCCGAGUGAUCGCGGCGUGCUUCACGGAGAAGGGAGAGGACGGUCUGAAGAAGGCCUGCUCCAGCAGCCUGACCACCACGCACCUGGACGUCCGGUCCAAGGAGAGCGUGGCCAAAGUGGGGGCGAUGAUCAAGGAGAAAGUGGGCGAGCAAGGUUUAUGGGCUGUAGUGAACAACGCGGGCGUGUCCGUUCCCUCGGCGCCCAACGAUUGGCUGACCAUCGAUGAUUUCAAGUCGAUGCUGGACGUGAACCUGAUCGGGGUGAUCGCCACGACCCUGAGCGUCCUCCCGCUGAUCAAGAAGGCCAGAGGCCGGGUGGUGAACGUGGCCAGCGUGUUCGGGAGGAUCAGUCCCACCGGAGGCCCGUACACCAUCUCCAAGUACGGCGUGGAGGCCUUCAACGACAGCCUCAGGCUGAAUAUGAAGCAUUUCGGGGUCAAAGUCCUCUGCAUCGAACCCGGCUUCUUCAAAACCAACGUGACGGACAGCGACCUCCUGAAGAGGAACGUGGAGACGCUGUGGGCCAAGCUGCCGCAGGACGUCCAGGACGACUACGGAGCCGAGUUCCUGCCCAACUCGUUAGAUAUGAUCGAUGAGAAAGUCUCCAAGAUCAGCGACGGGGAUCUGAUGAAGGUGGUCAGCUGCAUGGAGCACGCCGUGUCCGCGCUCCGGCCACGCACCCGCUACUCGCCGGGCUGGGACGCCAAGCUCUUCUGGCUGCCGCUGUCCUACAUGCCCUCCUGCCUCACCGACUACUUCUUCCACAUGCAAGCCAGUCCCAUCGCCAAGAAGAUCUAAUACGCUGCUGCUCUUCGUCUUUGUGUGUUCAAGUUUGUAUUCAUUACUUCUGUGAUAUAAACAAUACGACCAACUGA